AGCUGCCUCACGGCCAGUGACCCCUCGAUCAUCCCUAACCCUCCGACAUAGACCAUUCCCAUGGCAGUUUUUCGUUUCUGUAGUGACUGAAAGUCAACAGACUUGGUGUCCUAGGCCGCGCCAUGAACGUCGCGAGUGGUUUGCAACGAUCUGCGGCGGCCGCCGGGAAAUAAAACUGUAUGACUCAUCUUUUACCCUUGUGUUGUUGGCGGUACUGUGGCUCUCACUACAUCGAGCAACGAAUUGUUACCAAACAAAGUAGCCCCGCCACAUAUCAUUUUAAGGAACUCUUGUUGACCAAGUGUAGUGUUUACCUCGCAACUGUCAAGAAAAAUUACCUAGUCGCUUCGGUUAUCAAGCGCAUUAUUUUUUAGCGUAUUGGGCAGUAUCGGCCAUAGCGGCAAGUGGUUGGUUGUAGCCGUGCGCUAAGUUAAUAGGGUUGGGAAGAUGGCGGCCGCUGGUGGUGGUAGUGGAGAAUAGCCAAGUCCGUCUCUCCUUCGUUAAAGCAAUGUUGGUGUGUUCGUCGUGUACCCGCAACGCGUUGGCUGUGAAGAGUUCUUGAUAGUCGGUGUGAAGUGGACCUGUGGAAAAGUGCAGCCGGAGGGGCAUGGUUGAAUGGCUAGGGCCCCGAGCCCGAUACCCGGACUCGCAGGCCUAGGCCUUGGCCCACAGGCUUUACCCGAACAGUCUUUUUGUGCACGAGUGGUCCAUUAGGCUGUCGUUGACGCCCUGUGUGUGAUACAGUAUGCAGAAACGUGAAGGAAGAGACAGAGAGAAGGAUAGCAACCGCGAGGAAGCAAACAAACGAGUAUCCAGGUCAAGCGCAGGCGGAGGAGGCGGCGGCCGGAGUGCCAUGCAUACUAGUCGGCACAGCAUGUCCUCCAGCUCGGGGAUUCUUAUGGUGGGCCCCAACUUCCGAGUUGGAAAGAAAAUAGGAUGCGGGAACUUCGGGGAGCUAAGACUGGGCAAAAACCUUUACAACAACGAACAUGUAGCCAUAAAAAUGGAACCAAUGAAGUCAAAGGCCCCACAACUUCAUUUGGAGUAUAGGUUUUACAAGCUGCUAGGAUCUCAUGCAGGUGGAUUGUCUUCACGAGUGGAAGGGGCUGUUCAAGAAGCUAAGAAAAGAGACUUGGAUGACUUACAUCAAGACGGCGAGACUCGGGUGCCGGCAGAAGGCAUCCCAGAAGUAUACUACUUCGGUCCCUGUGGUAAAUAUAAUGCCCUUGUCAUGGAGCUCUUGGGACCUAGCCUAGAGGACCUAUUUGAGGUUUGUGGCAGGCGCUUUUCAUUGAAGACUGUGCUCAUGAUAGCCACCCAACUGCUCCAUAGGAUAGAAUAUGUGCACACUAGGCAUUUAAUCUACAGAGAUGUGAAGCCAGAGAACUUCCUCAUAGGGCGAUGUACUAACAAAAAAGAUAAAGUAAUCCAUAUUAUAGAUUUUGGAUUGGCCAAGGAAUACAUAGACUUAGACACGAACAAGCAUAUUCCCUACCGGGAACACAAAAGUCUGACUGGAACAGCAAGAUACAUGAGCAUAAAUACUCACCUCGGGAAAGAACAAAGUCGGCGUGAUGAUUUGGAAGCCUUAGGACACAUGUUUAUGUAUUUUCUGCGUGGAAGCCUUCCAUGGCAAGGUCUGAAAGCAGACACUCUAAAAGAACGGUAUCAAAAAAUAGGGGAUACUAAAAGAGCAACUCCUAUCGAGUCAUUGUGUGAAGGGCACCCUGAGGAAAUGGCUACAUAUCUUCGAUAUGUCCGUCGCCUGGACUUCUUUGAAACUCCUGACUACGAGUACCUUAGAAAACUUUUCCAAGAGCUUUUUGAGAGAAGAGGAUAUGUUGAUGAUGGAGAAUUUGAUUGGACAGGAAAGACUAUGCAGUCAACGCCCGUUGGAUCACUGCAGACUGGCCACGAAAUUGUCACAUCACCAAAUAGAGAUAGGGUUCCUGCAGCCAGCAAGGGAGCAGCUAAAGGUGUCCCUGCAUGGCCAGAUGUACCAAAUAAACAGCCUAACAAUACUCUUGGUAACCUUACUCCUGCUGACAGACAUGGUUCUGUACAGGUUGUGAGCUCCACUAAUGGUGAACUUGCUAAUGAUGAUCCAACUGCCGGUCAUUCAAAUACACCUAUCACUGCAGCUGCUGAAGUAGAAAUUGUGGAUGAAACAAAGUGUUGCUGCUUUUUCAAACGCAGGAAGAAGAAGUCUGGACGUCAGAAAUGACUAUCAGUAGUUGAGUGCAGUCCGGAAAGAGAAGCAGUGACUCUCUUGAGGGCUACAAGCCACUCAAAUUCACGGGACAGCAUCCUCAACAAUCCAAACCCUGUGCAAAACUAAGUCGAGAAAGUGAAAUCAAGGCAAUCUUUUGAGAAGAUGGAGUGUGUGUCUGUGUGAAUGUUAUUGCAUGUAAGAGUUUAUUUAAACUCAAGAAAUCAUUGAGACAUUUGUGUGUAUGAGAUUGCUUUUGUAUAUUUUAACUAAUAAUGUAUUGCAUUUUAUUGGCUGUAUGUUAAAUGAUAUAAAAUUCUGGCUACAAAUCCCUGUUAACGUCAGCUCAGAAUCUUAAAUCUCUACAAACUGAUCACUUUUAUUUAAUAUCUAAUCCUGUGGGAUAGAAUAGCUUCUUUUUCCAUCAAUUAUGAAAUUCCCUUUAAUUGAUCAGUUUUGUACAGAAAAUUCUUUAAUGAUUUAUUUGUUUUACCUUUAUUGUAUAUAUAAGAUAUUUUAUGAUGGCUUUUAGUGAUUGCAACAUGCGCAUUUUGAUUUAGAGAUGUGGGCUGCAGAUAGUAGCAUUGACUGUGCAGCGUUUGUACUGUGAUGAACUCACUGAAGUUUUCAGAAAACUGAAACUUCCUUAGCUAAAGCUAAAAUCAUGAAGUGGUUAGUCACUGAGUUAAUCAUCUUAAAUUGGCUCAGCCUACAAAUGCUGUGCAUUAUCAUGUCUUAUCAUAGGGUUUACACUGUUUGUGUUCAGAUGUAAAGAAUACUGUUGCAAAAAUACAGACCAUUCUCGGGUUUUUAUUUGGUGCUUUUUUCUGUACUGUUUUCUCUCUCACCCUACUACUUCCAUCAUUGUUGCUUUGAGUUAUUUUCUUUGAAUUCAGUGUUAUUGAAACUAAAACCAAAAUUUUGAUUCUUAAGCUCAGGGAGCCAGAACUGAGGAAUUCUUAUCCCAUUUAACAUUAGUCUCUAGGAAAGCUGCUAAGCGAAACUUUCCUUUUUUGCACUUUCCCAAAUGUUAACUGCAUUAUUGCAUUUGUAAUGUUUAAUAUAGGUUCUUUACCUUCACUUGCUUGUAAACAAAAGUAAGUAGCUUAUUUUGAGAAGUUUUGCUAGUGAUAUUUUUUGUUAGUCAUGGUCAUGAUCUGGUACAGGCCUGGUGCAGGAGGCAGCUGACAUAUGUGACUGUUACCCUGUACACACUGAGCUUAGAAUAUCAGGUGUUCAGUGAUUCUGUUGUUACAUCUGUCCACUUAUGUUGAUUUAAUGUUACUUCUAUGUGAAAAGAAAAGGUAAAAGACACUGAUCUGCUAUGAGCAAACAUGUUAUAUACCAGUAGAAACAAAUUGUGUAAGUGAGGCUUUUUUUAAAAAUAAAAUCUUCUUGUUUUUUCUCUUAUGAUUGGCUGUGUGUGUGCGCGCGCAUGUGUAUGAAUGAGAGAGUAUCAGAUUUUUAAUUAGUUAACUUGUUAAGUGUGAACAUUAAAUCAUGUCAAAAUGGUGUGAGAAUGAGAAACAGACUAUGCUGAGGAUCUUUUUGUACAUAUGAAAUUGGAAGUUUAUUGUACUCGACAUUGAAUUUCUUGUAAUGAAGGGUAUAAGAGGUGCUGUUGGGCUCAAUCUUCAGACAGGUUUUAUUAUGUAGCAUGUUCCAAAAAUUAAUUUAUGACCUGGGUAAAUCUUCCAGUGAAACUGUAUGAAGGCAAUUGCCUUUAUUCUUUUCUCUCACCCUGCUACCAUAACUCCCAUUUUUACGCUGUUUCUUUAAAUAUCUGGUCUAUUAUUCUCCAGGACGAGACAGGAAAGACUGCUGGUAAUUUGGCAUUCCUACAUUAAUGAGUUUGCCCAGGUCUGGCUACAGUUGUUUGGGUGAGAACAAUUUUUAUAUGAUCAAAAUUUGCUGUCUCUGCAAUCUUGUUUGUGAACGACUUUAUGUAAUGUGAAUGUGCACUUACGACUAUUUUUUAUCAUCAAUGACUUCUCUGAGUAGAUUAAACAAAUUUCCUUUGCAUCAGCGUUUACAUAAAUUUCCCUUUCGUGCCAAAUGUUUAAGGAAUUUUAUCUGGAAAAGUAGCUACCUCCGGUCUCCUGCUCCUGCUUAACUAUAUAUCUCCAUCCUCUUCUUUGUUAUGAUAAGGGUUAAUUCUCUGCCUUGAGCAAUUCUCAUCACUACAAUUAAAGAAGCUUAGUGAAUUGGUUGCUUGAUACACUUUUGUAACUAUGCAAUAUUAUUUUGAUCAUUUUUUUUACCUUUUCAUUUUUUGAUCAGUGAGAAAAAAUUAGGAAAUAAAAUUGCUUAUUGAAAGAGGGGGAAGCAAACAAGCAGUGAUCUCUAUUUUCAUUCCAAAGAUUGGUGGCGAGAUUCUGCUCAACUUUUAUGAAAUUGAACUCCAGGUCACCUGUAGGUUGGGAUAUCUUCAAAUUUAAAGUAACAAUGUCGAACUUUUAUUUUAAAGCUUUAUCUUGUAAAGAAAGGCACACAUGUACUUGAAAAUACAGUAUCAGUUUAUUCAACAAUUCUUAUAUUUGUCUAAAGAAUCAGAACCUUAAGUCAUGGUUGUAAUUGCUUACAAAUAUUUGAUAAUGUUACAUAUUUACAUCUGCUUACCCUCACAGACCAACCCAUUAUCUUCAUAAUGCUGUGUGGGCUAACUUGUAAAUGUGCUUGCUUCUUGCUUUUUAAUCUUGAGGGUUAGUAUUAUUCACUCAACAAGUGAUACAUUUUCUCUUUGAGUUCUACCGAAUAAGCUUACAGAAAUUGACUGAUUUUUAUUAGGGGCUUGGUAGGUAUUCUCUGUUUUUUAUGCUUGUGUGAUAGAUAAGCCCUUGUAGAAAAAAAUCUUCAAGUAAAAGAAACUUCUGAAGUUUUAUAAGCAUUUGUUUCCUACUCUGAUAUUAAAAAUUUUAACAAGAAGAUUACGUCCAAUUAAUAAUUGAGGCUGCUCUUUGAGAGCAUUGGCGCAAAUUCAUGAGCUCAUCUUUGGCAUUCUGCAUUACUAAAAUUUGUCAUGGUUUUGUCUACUUUUCUAUCCUUUUCUGUUUUGGAGAUAGCUUGUAGAUCUUAAUGGUGGAGGAAAUUCUUCAACCUGUAGUAAGAUUUUUUUUUUUUUUUUUAAGCUAUUUUAUGUUCCUUUGUAAUCCUAAUAAUAACUAGUGCAGGUUAGCUCCAGUUCAUCCUCCUUGUGGCGACUGAUUCUUUUAGUUAUGCUUGCUGAGCUAUAAAUUAAUUUAGACUGUGAUUGUUAUGCACCUUCUUGCAUGCAAAACCAUGGCUUUCUUUGAAACAAUUUUGAUACCUUUGUUUCUGUUUUUCCUAAUCUAUGUUUUAUGUAUGUAUUGUGUAUUGUUUGGUGCACAUUAAUUUACUUAAUUGUGGUACCUGCAGAGCUAAGUGUUUAGGGUAUUGUCGUCUUACCUUGAACUUUGUCGGGAGGAUUGAGAUGCCAACAGCCCAUGUCCUCUGAAAGAUUUUCUGGGUUAAUGUGAAUUUUGUACAUAAGGUUUUUCAUUUAAUUAUUUUGACACCAAAAAAAUAAAUUUGGUUGUGUCUUACAAAACAUCAUAGGCUUGUAUGAUCAAUUCUAAUUGUUUUAACUGUUGAAAUGGUUUCAGAUUCAUCCAAUAGCAAGAAAAAAAGCCAUUGUACCAACAUGUGUAAACAAUCUUUCCUCACAGCUGACUAGCAUUCAUGCUUUAUUUUAUCUAAGACAAUGCCCCCAAAUACUGACCGUACUAUGCAUUUACUUCACCAUUUGAAAGUUUUAUUUUUGGUUUGAGGACAAAACUUUGGACAACUGUGUAAAUUUUGAAAAGCAAACUUCUGUUACAUAAGUUUAGAUCUCAUUGCACCCCUGUUUUAGCACGUAAUGUCAGACAAUUUUUUUCUAUCCUUUUGUUUGCUAUGUUGCGCUGCAUGCUGUUCUUCUGAAAUGUCCAAUCAAUGAUCAAUAUUUUUGUAUUUAAUUUUGUUUCCAUCACUAUUAUAUUGUAGUAUGGUUUGAGGACAUAACAAUGUAAAUUUUGAUGUUUUCUCUGCCCAUUUUACAUUUCAUGUUAAGUUUUGUGAGCACAAGGUAUGUUGUCAUUGUUAACUGAACCGUUAAUUCUACAGAUUGACCUGCUAACAAUUACACACAUUUUGUGUAAAUUGGCUUUAUUUUGGAUGGAGCGCAGCUGAUUUGUGAAUGGGCACUGCAACAUAUUCUUGGUUCAAGAACUUUAACCUAUGUUUCUGAACUGGGCCCAUGCUGUGAUUUUAUGAAUGCUUAAAUCUUGUCUGCUCAUAUGUAUUUGACUCAUUCCUGUCAGCUAGAUUCAUAUUAAAUUUCUAAUCUUAGUGUGUGUGUAUGCCUUUUAAUUAAGAAUGGAGGUCUGGUGCAAGUUUUGCCUCUGUGCUGACAGUUGUGUGUUGAUAUUGUGACAUUAUCCUGCUGUACUGAAGAUGAUAGGUCAUUGACGAUUAAAUGUUUGUUUCUAUUUUUUAAAUAUUAAGUCCAAGGUGAAGUCAAAUGUACUGUUAUGAUAUUCAUUGUGUUUCCAAUUAUUGGCACAUCCAAAUAAUGUCAUUUUAUUUUAUUUUCUGUGCAAAGGACCUUUAAAAAUCUCCUGCACAUUUCCUUUGACAUGCAUUAAUGCAGUAUCCACCAGUGCCACCAGCAAGUGUCAUUUCAUAAACCUUGGAUUGGAAAUUAGAGGUCUACUCAUGGCUGUGUUGGAUUGUCUCACCCCACUCCCUCCCCAAGAUUAGAUGCCGAUCUUGGAAGCAUACAAUAUGUGAAAACAGACGUUUAUUAAUUAAAAAGUUAAAAUCAUUGUUCA